UUCAAUUAUUCCCCAUAUUUUAACGAUCAAAACCAAAACAAAAUAAAACACUAACACUAGAGAAGAAGAAAUUAAUACAAUGAGGGCAAUCUCUUUAUACUCAUCUGCUACCUUACUCCCUCAAACUGUUCCCCAUGAUGUAAAUAAUAGGUGUGUUUUAGUGUCUUCCUCAUCAGCUGUGAUCAAGUAUCAGGCUUCGCCCACCAGACGACGUAGUUUAAGAACUAGCAAUAUUAGAGGUGCUCCCAAUUUGAGUGGGAUGGCUACAGAGACCAGAAAUCUGCAGUGGACUAUUGCUCCGACCUCUGUUCCGGUUCGUGUAGCGAAUGAGCUUCUUCAAGCCGGUCAUCAUUAUUUGGAUGUUAGGACCCCGGAUGAAUUUAGCGACGGGCACGUUGUUGGCGCCGUCAAUGUUCCUUUCAUGUUAAGACUUGGUCCAGGUAUGGCAAGGAAUCCAAAAUUCUUGGAGCAAGUGUUGGCUAUUUUUAGGCAAGAUGAUGAAAUUAUUGUUGGAUGUCAAUUAGGGAAAAGGUCGUUCACGGCUGCUUCCGAGCUCGUAUCUGCUGGUUUUACUGGAAUUACUGAUAUGGCUGGAGGAUAUGCUGCUUGGAUACAAAAUGGACUUCCUUCCACGUAGACUAAAAUUCUGGAAAUAUGUAAAAUAUAUUAAAUUAAUGUAUAUUUCUUUUAUCUGCUACUUUAAAUAAUAGAAUGUCUCACAUACUUCCUGUAUAUAACCACAAUCUGAAUAUUAAUGUUUUAUUUGGACAGUAUUGUAUACAAAAA